UUUUAGGGUUUUUGAAAGGGUUUAUAACACCUUAAUAAACCCUUUAAAAGGGUUUGUGACACGUUGCACUUUCAUAAACCCUUUUUUCGUUUUUUAUUCUACGGAUAUUUUUUACAGUGUAUUGCAAGUUCAACAUCAUCUUCAAGCAAACAAACAUCAUCAUCCACAUUUGGUUCUUCUACCUCAAAAAUCAUUCCAUCAUCAUCAUCAUCAUCACCUAAAGAAGCUAACCUCUGUUCCAAUACAACAACAAAAAAGAAAACAAAAUCAAAAUCAAAAACACAAAUUAUCAACUGUAGCAGUGGUUUACAAAACAAUGAUAAUGAAAGUGAUGAUGAAGCACAUUAUGAUUUACAAACAUGCAUAGAAGAAAGUAGUGGUUUAGUUCAAUUCUUAAGCACACCAUGUAUGAUCUUGUAUAAAAAUAAUUUACAGAAUCAAAGUGAUCUUGAAAAUUACGUUUUACAACAUCUUUCAUCAUAUAAAGGAAAUGUAUGUGAAUUUGCUGGUAUCAAAGGAACGGAUGCGAUGAAAAAUAAAAUCAAUGAAUUUUACCAUCGCAAUCAAAAAACAUCUAUGAAAUCAACGAUUCUUUUUAAAGGACAUGCAUCUAAAACGACAGCAACACAACAAAUGUUUUUAAGUAAUGGUCAUUUAUAUUUGUACGUCGAUGCCGUAAUGAAAAAUAAAACAUCGAGAAACAAAAGAAAGAAAGUUUGCGUUGGCUCAGCACGUGGUGGUGAUCGUGAAGAAUGUCAUGGAAAGAAUGGUGACCGUGGUAUAAAAGGUGGAAUUUCAGCUUCGACCAAAUAUUCUCAAAAUGAAACGAAUGGAAAUGGAAAUAAUGAAGGAAAAAAAAUCGAUAUUGAAAAUGUCAAUAAUGGUUCGGAAACUGAAUUGGAAGGAGAUGAAGGAGAAUCAGAACCAUGUGUUAAUGAAGAUGAAAAUUCAGAAGAAGAAACGAGUCAUAUAAAUAGUAUGUUAUUAAAACAACUAUUGUUUAAAUUUCAAAAAACUGGUGACCAGAGCAUGAAUUUAUUUACCUGUCUUCGUUUAGCUUCAACCGGUCGUACAAGAAGAGGUUCGAUUAAUUGGAAAGGAGGAUCGAAGAAUACGGGUGUAUACUUGUUAUAUAAUAAGAAAAAAGAAGUACAAGAAUGCGUGAAUAAUGUAUUAAGUUAUGCCCGUGAACAUGGAACAUUAUUAUCAGGAGCUCAACUUAAGACAAUCUUGGAUAUCGAAAAUGUUGAAAUCACGAAAGAUCGUGCAAAUGGUCUUGUACAAGUUAUUUCCAAAAGUGUUGACAUUGUUACUAAUCCAUAUUUUGUACCACCAACAACAAAAAAACCAGUGUAUGAGUAUUACGGGAAGAACUAUGAACUGGCUAUGAUACAUCCCAUAAAACCCAUACCAAUACCAAGUGCAAUAUUGGCAAAAUAUCAGAAGGAAACAAAUAAAAAGUCUGUUGAAAUGAUGGAGGGAAAAGAUUCAGAAACGUACACUGCUGAAGAUGAUGAUGCGAUGGAAGUUGAUGAUAACAAAACCAAUGAAGAAAAUGAUACAAAUUCAGGUGAUGAUGAAGAUGAAAACGAAAAACUCAAUGAGUUAAAAAAUAAUAGUUCAGAAGGAUCUAGUAAUAAUGUUAAAAGUGGUGUUGAUAACAAAAAUCAAACUGUGAUUGAUAAUAGUGUGCUCGAUGAAGAAUCUAUUGAAAAUAAUAUUAUCUUACUACCAUCUAAUCAUUUGGAAGUUGUUAGCCAAGAAAAUGAUCCUAGUAACAAUAAUGUUGUUAAUAUUUCAAAACAAAUUGAACCACAAGUUGAAAAUGUUAUUACACGAUCGUCUUCUCCAAUCACUGGCAAAAAUGAUUCUUCCAUUACGAUUGAUAUACGUAGUCGAUCAUCACGACAAACAGUAUCAUCAUCUGUGACUUGUUUUAAUGAUUUAUCGGUAUUGAAUCGUAACUCGAAACUGACUACGACUUUACCAUCGACAACAACACCAUCUUUAGAUUCUACUGACUCUGCACGUAAUCCAAUGUCGUUAACUGAUACAUCUCAUUCAAAUACAGUUCAACGUUCCAGUUCAGUUGAAAGUACUAGCAAAAUUACACUAUCUCUUGAACAACCAGUCACACCAUCACACCAUCACAACCGAAACAAAAAAAUAGCCAUGUUAAAAAAAUUAUUGCUCGUCAAAUUACACCCAAAAAGUAGUGCACUUCAUAUACCAUCCUCGUCAUCACAUUUGUACUGUCCUGCAUUACCGUUUCAACAUCAAUAUCAAUAUUCACAUUCAAGUGAACCUCAACCACAAACAUUAUCACCAGAUGAAUGGAGUUUAAUAAUAUCGUUAAGAAUGAUGAAAAAUUUUAAUGUUUCACCGCCAUUUCAACCACCACCACUUUCAUCAUAUCGGCAAGCGGGUGGUGCAACAUCAUAUCAAGCAAUUUCUUCUUAUCAAACUUGUCACCAGAUGCAACCGUCAACAUAUUACGCAACAGCACCUCCAUAUUAUCACCAUCCAUAUGCAGGAUCAGCAACAGUAUCACAACAAUUCUUAAAUGCUCAAGAAAUUCAGUAUUCAACUACACAAGCACAGGCAUCAUUCACGACACCUGUUUCAUCAUUACCACCUUCUACAACAGUUGCUCUAUCAUCACCACUUUUUACAAGAACUGCGUCUCCAUCAUCAUCUUUUAUAACACCUUCUUUUUUAUCAUCAUCUCCACCAACAAUAUCAGUACAAGGAAAAGUUGCAUUAAUACCUGAAUCUCCACAAACACAAUCAGGUCACCAGAAUCAUUCACCCGAACCACAACUACAAUCACCCUCUCCUUCUUCUUCUAAUUCAACACCAGUAACCAUUAUUUCACCAGCGCAACAGCAGAAACAGAAGUCUCCAAUUCAACAUUUAUUAGUUCCUGGUCGACAUCAAUCAUCCAAUUCUCAAUUACCAACAACAUACCAAUAUGAUUCAUCGAGGACACGACCAACUGUCCAACUAAUUGAUCCGACGAAGCCGUACAAAAUUGGAGAUACAAUCAAAGUUGGAGGACGUGAACAUAUCCAUGAAUCUAAACCGGAUAAUGUUGAAAUUCGUCGGUUUAAACAACGUGUACGUGAUCGUUGUCGUCAGGAGUUAUCUAGUCCACGAACAAUUUAUGAAGAUGAAUUGAUGAAAGGAAAAUAUUCAGCAGAAAUGUUAGUAGUUUUACCAACAUUUUAUAACAUGCAAGCGCAAUUGUAUCGUAUUCGUCAGGAACAUUUACCAACAUCACCAACAGAUUCAAAGUUUGUGUUACACCCAGGCUUUACGACUACAGAUCAAGGAAACAGAUUUUUAUUGUACGAUUCUAAUGUUGUUCAAGUACCGUAUGCAUCAGCACCACCAGAAGUUGGUCGUUUACUAAUUUAUGCGAGUGAUUUACAGUUAGAUAUUUUAUCAAAAUCAAAUCGCAUUGGAAGUGAUGGAACGUUCGAAACAGCUGCACAGAUUAGUCAUCAAAAUUAUAUAAUAAUAGGUGAAGUUGAAGAAAAGCAUCCUGUACCAUUAAUUUUUUGUUUGUGUGAACAUAAAAACUAUGAAACGUACAAACUAAUCAUAAAAGUAUUAAAAACAGCUGUUAUCAAUUUGAAGCUGGAUUUGAAGCCGGUAUAUUGGAUGAGUGAUUAUGAAAGUGCAUUAACAAAAGCUAUUAAAGAAGAGUUCCCAAAUACACAAUUACUGGGAUGCGCAUUUCACUUUUCCCAGGCAAUUUAUCGCAAUAUUCAAGGUAAAGGUCUACAAGAUGCAUAUCAAAAUUUGGAAGUGGUACGACAAGUUCUUCGUCAAAUAAUGGCUUUAGCAUUUGUACCUAGUGAUCAAAUUACAAGAGUAUACUAUGACGUCAUUAAACCACAAUUAAAUAAUGUUCCGGCAAAACCAAUAUCUCUUCGUCAUAAUUUACGUGACUUUUUCAAAUAUUUCGAAUCAUUUUGGUUGAGGAAAACUAAUCAGUUUUGUGUAUUUAAUCAAUCAACACGUACAAACAAUGGACUGGAGGGUAAUUAG